AAAGAGCACUUGGUACAUUAAAGAAGCACGCACACCUCGUCUUUAACUUCUUCAGACACUCACGCAAUCGCAAGCUUAAGCUUUUCUCUUACAUCGCUUUCGCAAUUGAAGUUGCAAUAGCAUCUUGUCUCUUACACACACACACAUCUACACACUAUCAAUCAUGUCGACCAAGGUUCUCGCCGACAAGGACGUCAACGCUGCCAUGUCAGAGCAGCAAGCUCCUGUCAAGGAGGUCAAGAGCAUGGAGUAUCACCGCCAGAUGCUCCAGUCCAAGAUGGCACAAGAGGAGUCGACGACCCAGUAUGUCUCGCCCUCGGAUAACAUCAUGAGCCCUUGCACCGCCAAGAUCAACGCUCUGCGCAACAAGCACGCGAGCAAGGCCAAGCCCAAGUCACUGUUCGCCCAAGCCAGCGCUAAGAAACUCAAGGGCGACAACCCCUUGGGCGCAAAGCCAGCCCCGACCAAGGCCUUUGGUCUGUAAACACCCGACGACGACAACAACUUGUUUCUUCUUCACACGUAACGCUUUUUGUGUGUGAAGCCAUGUCUUUGUGGAUUACGCCGUGUGUAUUUACUUCACCAGGAAUUCAGUCAACCGCUGGAGGUUGGACUGGGGCGUUUGGGGUUUUGCUUGUGCAGGAUAUCAAGGCCUUGGGUUGUAAUGAUAUGAUGCGAUGAACAGGGUUUGGGUUUGGACUUGGGACUUGCUUAUGGUUACUACUGUUGAUGUACGAUUUUACCAAUGGACAUAUGACUAAG